AUGGGAGGUGACUACUACAACGGGUCAGGGUUGCCUCCUUUUACCUUGACAGGCCUCCCAGGGCUGGAGAACUACCAACACUGGAUGUUUUUGCUGCUUGGCACUUUCUACCUUGUCUCCAUUGUGGGUAAUGCCCUUAUCCUUUUUAUUAUCAAGGAAGAACAGAGCUUGCAUCAGCCUAUGUACUACUUCCUAUCUCUGUUAUCAACAAACGACCUAGGUGUGUCUUUCUCCACAUUGCCCACAGUUCUGGCCACAUUUUGCUUCCACUUAAGGGAAGUCAGUUUUAAUUCUUGCAUGGCUCAGAUGUUCUUUAUCCAUCUCUUUUCCAUAAUGGAGUCUGGGAUCCUUCUGGCCAUGAGCUUUGACCGCUAUGUGGCCAUAUGUGACCCACUGCGCUAUGCCACAGUGCUUACUGAUGCCCGCAUAGUUCAGAUGGGCAUGUCUGUUAUUAUCCGCAGUUUCUGCAUGAUUUUUCCUUUGCCUUUUCUUCUGAAGAGGUUACCCUUCUGCAAAGCCAAUGUGCUCUCCCAUGCCUACUGCCUACAUCCAGACCUGAUUCGUUUGCCCUGUGGUGACAUUACCAUUAAUAAUAUUUUUGGCCUUUUUACUGUCAUCUCUACCUUUGGCCUGGAUUCUGCCCUCAUUCUCCUCUCCUAUGUGUUCAUACUGCGCUCUGUACUUGCCAUCGCCUCCCGAGAGGAACGGUUAAAGACACUCAACACGUGUGUGUCACACAUCUGUGCAGUGCUCAUCUUCUACGUGCCCAUGGUCGGUGUGUCCAUGGUUGCUCGCUAUGGGAAGCAUGCCCCACGAUAUGUGCACACACUCAUGUCCCUUGUCUAUCUCUUUGUGCCACCAAUGCUCAACCCUCUUAUCUAUUCUAUCAAAACCAAGGAGAUUCGUCGGAGGCUUUGCAAAAUUCUCCUCGGAACCAAGUUUUGA